CAGCAACCGAGACCCCCCACAUCGAGGCCGGCCCUUUCUGCCUUCCGCUGCUUCGCCGUGGAUAACGAGAACAGCCCCGGCGGUGCAUCGCGGUGGCCAUCGGCUGCGGGAUCCGGGAGCGUGCCGACGCGGAGGAAGAUCUCCGCCUUUACCUCGCAGAGAUCUCUCUCCCUACGCCGUAAGACCCAACUGAUCUUUGCUACAGCCACGGCAGAUUCUGCAAGGGCAUAGGGUUUCUUCCACCACCGACGCCUGCUUUGUCCCCACCCUCCCUCUCGCUUUCUCCAGUGCCGAUCCUCGGCCCGUAGCCACGCCCUCCCUGACGCUGAACGGCCCUCCCUAAAUCGAUCAGGACGAAGAGAGUAGUGGCGGCGAAUAUCCGUUCCAUGCUUUGAGAUUGGAGAAAACCACGUGUCCUCUUACCGAGAACCUCUUUAUUACGAAUGGCCCAUGUAUAGUUUUGAUCCCUAAACACCUAUUUUGUUCCCCUCUUCCCCCAAUUGGAUUUCAAUUGCUCCUUCUCCCCUUCCUGGAGACCACUUGCGUCCCUGAUUCAUCAGGUGCAAAUCGUUCACGACCCGUAAGCUUUUCCCCUCUUUUGGCCAACUUUCCUCUUCCUUGAUCGUGGAUUCUGACCUUUGAUGGGUCUGUAGGUUUACGACUCCUGUUUUGUGAAUUAAGUCGAUCUAUCUUUCUUCCUCUUUUGAUCUCUAGGUUAUCGGGAACAAUAAUCGUUCCUGAACAAGCCUAUAAUUUUGUUAUAUGUAUCGGUUUUAUCGUCCCAGGCGGUGGUGAUCACAUGUAGGGGAUUAUACUGUUGCGUGAUGUCACUUCAGGAAAGCCUCAAUAGAUUUAAGCAACAACAGGAGAAAUGCCAGUCAACUCUCAGCAGUAUAGCAGCUCGAGCUGCACCUUCGAAGGCUGCUCAGCCAUACAAAGCAACACCUGCAUCAGCUCCUCCAAAAGUUAUAGCAUCAGUGAAGUUCUCAAAUGAUACAGAAAGGCUGCAACACAUUAAUGCAAUUAGAAAGUCUCCUGUCGGUGCACAGCUUAAACGUGUUAUUGACCUACUUUUUGAGACAAGACAAGCAUUCACACCAGAAGACAUAAAUGAAGCAUGCUACGUUGAUGUAAAUUCUAAUAAGGCCCUGUUUGAUAGUUUGAAGAAAAACACUAAAGUGAAGUACGAUGGGAAGCGCUUCUCCUACAAGUCCAAGUAUGAUAUAAAGGGAAAGGAUCAACUGCUUUCACUGGUAAGAAAGUACCCAGAGGGGCUACAAGUUGUGGAGGUCAAAGAUUCAUAUCCAUCUGUUUUGGAAGACUUGCAGGCUUUGAAGGCGGCUGGCCAGGUCUGGCUAUUGUCCAACAUGGACUCUCAGGAGGACAUUGUCUACCCAAAUGACCCUAAGGUGAUGAUCAAGGUGGAUGAUGAUUUAAAGCAGCUCUUCCGUGGAAUCGAGUUGCCAAGGGACAUGGUCGACAUCGAAAAGGAGCUUCAGAAGAACGGCAUGAAACCCGCCACCAACACCGCAAAGAGGCGGGCGAUGGCGCAAGUUCAUGGUGUCACCUCCAAGCCCAAACCGAAGAAGAAACGUGAAAUCACCAGGAGGACCAAGCUGACCAACGCCCAUCUUCCGGAGCUCUUUCAGAACCUGAACGUUCCGGAUUCUUGAUGCGGAUCUGGACCUCUCUAACGAUUUCAAAGGCGGUAAUGCUUGAAUUACUUUAUUGUCUAAUAGAUGCAUGCAAUAAUUACCAUAGAAUCUAUUUGCGUUUAUGAUUGGAUGUAUUUUUCAUUGCGGAGAUAUGUUUGGAUACUGGUCUUUUAUAUUGCUUCGAUAGAUGAUGAAGAAACCAUGUCUACCGUUCCA